AUGUCUAUGAACGCAGAGGCGCCACAGCGGGCUACGGCCGCGCAGCUGGCUAAGAGGAAAAUCAGACCAUUAAAUCAGCGACGGGGCCGCGUCGGUUCCCCUAGUACGACUACCUUUAGCCAGUCGUCGCCUUUUAACACCAUCGAUCCAAACAUUGUACCAAAUCCGGUCUCGUCACCUGGAGUAAAUGGCUUUCCAUUUGGCCAAUCACAAAGCUUUUCACAAGGCAACUCGCAGAAUACGCAGCCCCAGCCUUUUGGAGACCAAAAUAAUUCUUUUGCAUUUUUCGGAUCCCAAAGCAGUUCCGCGCCGUCAUCUUUCAGCUUCUCAGCAUCAACGCCCAAUCAGCAAAUCAACAAUCCAUUCAGCAACAUGGGGUCAACUCAGAAUUCGAAUUUUCAAGGAUUCAAGGGAAACAUGUUCAAUAUCCCACCCACAACAAACCAAAAUGGGCAGUCGGGGGCUGGCAAUAUUUUUGGAGGCAAUGCUUUCGGUUCGCAACAGAACCAGCAGCAACCGUUUUCAUUGGGAGGCAGUAAUGCGGCCUCUAGCAGCAUAUUCGCGACAUCUGCACCACCUACUAGUGGCGUUUUUGGCCAGACAUCGGGAAACAGUUUAUGGCCUGCUGCUCAGCCAUUCGCGACUUCUCCAGUGAAAUCCGCCGACCAGAUGCAAAUGUCACCAGACGGAAAACCGGCCUUUGGCGAAAGCAAAUCAAAUCCAUUUAAUAUAUCCGCACCAGCACAACCUUCAUUUACUUCUACCGCCACGACUACACCUUCUUUCUCAUUUAGCGGGUUUGCCCCAACCAGUACAUCUACGUCUUCGGCUUCAACAUCUGCAAGCGCCCCGGCUCCUAGUUGGAACUUCUCAGCGACGGCUCCCACCGGCACUCAUCUUUUUGGCGGGCCAACCAAAGCGAAUGAAAGUGCCAAAGCUACAUCAUCAACAGAGUCCAGCAGCACAAACGCUCCGGCAGGGUUUCCCAGUGGCGCCCUAUUUGGCCGCACUAGUGAACCAGAGAAGAGUGUUUCCAAAACCGAUACUGCUACUCCAACUACAUCUAAUACAUCCCAAUCGACCUUCGCAACUCCUGCAGCGCCCGUGACGAGCAACCUUUUCGGAAACAUCAGCAAACCUAAAGAUGACUCUCAAGAUUCAAGUGCGAAACAAAGCGCUACUGUUAACGAACCUCCAAAGCUUCAAUUUGGCAGCUCGCUUUUUGGAACAAGUAAGCCAGCGGAGGGUGAAGCGGCAACACCGUUCGGCAGACCUUCCGCAUCUACAAGCGUUGUGUCUUCGACUCCAUCAACUACACCCGCACAAUCAUUGUUUCCUUCUAGCAGUGCUAAGCCGCUUUUUGGUGGGUUUUCGAAACCAGAGCCAACUGUACCUGAGCCGUCACCUACGCCGAAAACGGAUUCAGCCACGGCGAGCCUCACGCCGUCCCCAGCCGCCCCGCCAGCACUUUUGGCUUCCACAAAUGGCGCCUCUUCAUUCUCUCGCACCACUCAACCGGAGCAGAAUGAUACGAAAUCUGGACCAGAAAAGGAUACUGCACCGACCCCUUCAUUGUUUGCGUCUUCGGCGCCAGCCCCUGCCACUUCCUUAUUUCCUGCAUCUGCCACAUCCAGCACUUUAUUCGGAAGCUCAGCCAAAACUUCAGAGCCUUCGCUACCUUCAUCUACUGGACCCAUAUUUGGGGAAACUACUGCAACUCCGUCUUCAAAACCCACCUUUGGAACAGGGUUCUCGUGGGGUGCCCCCCAAUCUACUGCAAAAGAGUCCAGCAAAGAAUUGAGCUCUGAGCAGUCCAAAGCGCCUGCUCCAGUAGCUAGCAGUAAAACGUUUGAAAAGCCUGCUGAGACAACAUUCGGUGCUUCCAGUUCCAUCUUCAAACCUACCGAUGCAUCUCAACCUCCUGCGGCCACCACCCCCGCAGUAUCAUUCACACCCUUUGAAUCCUUCAAGGCAGUUCAACCGGUUGCGAAGGAUGCCGCGGUUGGUGCGGGUGCGUUGAUAAAGAAACCGGAUUAUGUUGACUCUGGCAUACAAACCAUCUAUGAAGUGGAGUCAGAAGUUGCACAAUUGAUGCCUUCGGAGGAUGAGAUACCCUCCGGUCUUAACAAGGCUGAAAAGGAGGACUGGAUCAAGCGCUGGCGAUUCCAAUAUAUCAAUGAAAGCUUCAAAGAGCAGAUAGCUGCGCUUGAUGCCACCUGCAACGAUUUUGAGCCCCUCAUCGCCUACUAUGUCAUGCUUCGUCGACAAAUUGGGUAUCCAUGCUCAAUGGUCAGCCACUAUCGUGCGGUCCCACACGGAAGUAAGCGAAUAUUCUAUCCUGGAGACCCAAUACCGGCUCAAAAGGAGGAGUCAAGUAAGGACGAGCAAGCCCAAAUUACACAGGGUGGACAUAUUGAAAUCGCUGGACCAUCUCCUUCCACAUCAACGAAACGAAAGGCUAGUGAUGAUCAUGACGCGAAAGCCCUGCCUAGUCAAUCAGAGAAACGUGCCAAGGUCGCUGACGAAUCAAACGUAGCCAAGGUCACUGACCAGAGUGCCACGGAAAAUGGUGAAGGUGAAACUUCUGAUACGCUGCGCAUGUUUAUCAGUUCUUACGUCGCAGCUCAAGGACGAGAAACCUCGCCUCAACCUUUACAACUUGAAGCUGAGCCAAGCGAAACACAAACGGCGCCCUCUGCUAACCCGAUUUCCGAAACAUCUGCACAAUCGCCGGCCACAAAUGGUCGUAGCCUUUUUGAUAGAGUCGAGUUGGACAACAGUGGUCAACUGCGCCGAGAAGUCGACGAUAAGGCCGAGAACAAAGUCGAUUCGACUUCGACGGAAAAAUCUGCAGAUCCGAUUGGGAAUCUGUUCAAUGGAUCGAAAUUUGCGUCAUCGCCAUCCCCUUCAAAUCCAAAGACCGAUGGAGAGACGCCCAAGGCCUCCCCGCCCAGGUCGAUGUUUGCGAAUAAUACGUCAUUUCCGAAAUUCUCAUUUGGAACAGGAUCAGAGGCAUCCACACCUCCCGGUACAGCAGGCUCCAACGGCGUUUCUACACCAAACCUUUCUACCCUUUUCGGCACACCUGCUCCGAAGCCUCUUUUCCAGCUCACCGAACCUAAAAAGCAAGGCAGCAGUGCAAUGCUAUCUCCAGCUCCGUUAUCCGCUAGUACAUCUGUCGAGCCCAGUCGAUCGACUACCCCAGCAGUGUCUGACUCAGGCGCAGGUGACUCAACAGAAGAGACCGCGAACCUUCCCCAAGUCGACCUCACAAAGGGUGGCGUAGGCGAAGGGGAUGAAGAUGCGAAAUUUGAAAUUCGAGCUCGUGCUUUGAAACUUAAACCAGGCGCUUCAUGGGAGGUAAAGGGCGUCGGUUUACUUCGUAUUCUUAAGCAUCGAGAGAAUGGUCGCUGCCGGAUACUGCUGCGAGCGGAUCCAAGCGGCAACGUCAUUCUAAACGCGUCUUUGAUUCCACAGGUUGAUUACCUUCAACGUGCGACCAGUGUCCAAUUCCUGGUUCCUGCUGCCAAGGAAGCGGAACACUGGGCUUUGAAGGUUAAAGACGCUUCAAAGGCUUCUGAACUGGCUGCUGUUAUGGAAGAAUGCAAGAAGAUAGAUUAG